UGACCUAAAAUUGCCCUACAAUCAACAACAAAUGACCUCAAAUCUACAGGAAGUGACCUAAAAAUACCCUACAAUCAACCACAAAUAACCCAAAAUAUACAGGAAGUGACCUGUAAAUGCCCCAGGAUUAACAGGAAGUGACCUCAAAUUAGCAGGAAGUGACCCAAAAUCCACAAGAAGUGACCUAAAAUUACCCUACAAUCCACAACAAAUGACCCAAAAUGUACAGGAAGUAAACUAAAAUCUACAGGAAAUGCCCCAGAAUUAACAGGAAGUGACCUGAAAUACCCUAUAACCAACAACAAAUGAUCCAAAAUGUACAGGAAGUGAGCUGAAAAUAUACCACAAUAAACAACAAAUAGUCCAAAAUAUAAAGUGACGACUAAAUUGUACAGGAAGUGACCCUUCAUAGGCCCCUCCCCUUCAAAAUGAAUUGGACGCCUAACGCCAGUGAGUUAAACGGAACCAUCUACGGUCACUGUGAUACUUUAGUCACUUUGUGCAAGCAAAUACGCUAACAUCCUGUCAUUUUAGUCACAUGACUCUGAGUGGAAUUUUCCUUUCUAUGCUUCCUGCCUGCUUGCGAGCGAGUUUAGACGCUUUUCAAUAAACAUGGGAACAGGUGUUGCAUGUGUGCGUGCGUGUCUUUGUUUGUCGCGCGUCAGCGUUUCGGCGGGAUUAAGCGGCGGGAAUUAUUAAGGGAGGAGGCGCACGGUCUUCUCGCCCGUCCGCUGGCAAGAUGGCUCAGAAGGUGGUCCUCAUCACGGGAUGUUCCUCCGGCAUCGGCCUGGCGCUCGCCGCGCGUAUUGCCAAGGAUGAGAAGAAGAGAUUUAUGGUGUACGCCACCAUGAGGAACGUGAGCAAAGGCGAGGCGCUGGUGGAGGCGGCCGGUCGCUCCCUGGGCCGCACGCUGGAGAUCAAGCAGCUGGACGUUUGCGACGAGGCCUCCAUCAAGGCCUGCGUGGACAGCCUCCCCGAACGCAGGGUGGACAUCCUUAUUAGCAACGCCGGCAUGGGCCUGAUCGGACCCAUCGAGUGCCAAUCCGUGGACGAGAUGAAGACGGUGAUGGACACCAACUUCUUUGGCUUGGUCAGGCUGCUCAAGGAGAUCCUUCCCGACAUGAAGCGGCGCAAAAGAGGUCACAUCGUUGUCAUCAGUAGCGUCAUGGGCAUUCAAGGCAUCCUCUUCAAUGACGUCUACGCCGCGUCAAAGUUUGCCGUUGAGGGCUUCUGCGAGAGUCUGGCGGUGCAAGCGCUGAGGUUCAAGCUCAACAUCAGCCUGAUCGAGCCAGGUCCGGUCAUCACCGAGUUUGAGCGUAAGGUGUACGAAGAAGCUCUGAAAACGGACUUGAGUAACGCCGACGCGGUGACGGCGGACAUGUUCACCAACAUAUACCUGAAGAACUACAAGCAGAUCUUCGAGACCCUGGGUCAGACGGCAGAGGACGUGGCUGAGCAUACACUGAAGAUCAUGACGUCCGACAACCCUCCGUUCCGUCACCAGACCAACACGCUAUACACGCCCAUGACCACGCUGAAGUACGCCGACCCCAACGGCGACCUUCCCAUCGACACCUUCUACAAGAUGGUGUUUGAACACGACAAGAUCUUCAACGCCAGCCUCAACUUCCUCAAGCUGCUGCGUUGGAGGAGCAGGCGCAGCUUCACGCUGGACCAAAGCAGCUGAGAAGGGGCCGGGAUAGCCACGCCCACAGACGCUCAAUUUAACAUUCGAACAUUAGGUGGCGCUUUUGGACGUUUAGUUUUGUUUUGGGAUGACAAUUAACCCCUUGAUGCCGGAAUUGACUUUUAUUAUACAUACAUCAAAAAGUAUUGGGGAAGGGAAUGACGUAAAAAUAAUACGAAUAAAAUAUGGAAUAUUAAAGUGAAAAUACAACAAAAAUGGGAAAAUCACUUUUAAAUAAAAUCAUUAAAAACGAAGAAAAUAAUGAAAAAAUAUUUAAAAAAACAAAACAAAAAAAGGAAAAUGUUUUGGAAAAUAUAAAAAUUAAAUA